AUGCUCUCUCUUACACUGCUUGCGCUUUGGGCUGUAGGCCCUUCUUUCACUUGGGCAGCUGAUUGCACCCGCGAGUUUCUCCAGACGGCUGCCGACAGCCUAGUCGCCGCCCAGAAAGGGGGAGAUCCUACCUUGCUCCAGCCUGUAUCUGACGCUUUAGUCUACCGAGAAAAUUUUGCGGAUGCCGCUUUCGAUUCUGGAAUUUUAGCUUCGGCCCUACCAAUCGACCACAGCCGACACGAUUUGGACACUACACAAUGCGCAACAUACACGGAGUUGAUUUCGGCCACCGGCGUCGAGCAACGCGUUAUCGGCGUCCAAAUGUACUUCACGGACAACACCGUGUCCAAGAUCGACGCGCUUGUCACGGGGCCCGAUGACUGGCUGUUCAACGCGACAAGCACUCUUGACUGGGCUAGCAAAGAGAACUGGGACGUUAUCCCCGAGGCGGACCGAGAUACACGCGAGGUUAUUCAGGCUGCAGCAGACGCCUACUGCGAUAUCUUCAGCGACAAGAGUGUUGUCGUCCCGUGGGGCCAUCCCUGUGCGCGGUUGGAAGGCGGUCUUUACACGGGCAAUGGCGGCCCAGACGACCGGUGCGAUGUUGGAAUACCCAGCGGCGUUUCUUUAGUGGACCGGCGCUAUGUUAUAGACGAGACGGUCGGGACGGUUUCGGUAUUUCUCAGCUUUGCCACAAUUCCCGACAGCCACGAGUUCCGUGUGGAGAAAGGAAAGCUUCGUUUUGUUCACACCCUGACAGUUAUGACGGCUAAAGGAAACGGGGCAAGCAAGGAAAGAAGGUGA